AGUUUAGCUAAUCAGAAAACUUCUAAAUUGGUCAGUUUAUAAGAUUUGUAUUGGGUUUUUCAGUUAAGUCAUGGUGGUUUUUUUUCACUCUUUCUUUAAUUUCCCAGGCAGAAAUAUAUGUUGGUUAACCACCAGUCUACAAGGCAGUCAUCAAUCCUUCCCUCCAGCCAGGCAGCGAGUCAGCUGGUCGGGGAGGGGAGUGUCUCUCUGCUCUUUUGCCUCUAGCUCAACGAGAGUCAGUCCCCCAGUCGUCCAGAGUCUUACACAGUCACACAGUCACUCCUAUAGUCAGUCAGUCAGUCAGUCAGUCCAUCCGUCUGUGGGUGUAGAUGCAGGGCUGCUGGUCAGCUGCUCUGGAAGGCCGGUAUCUCCCUGAGGAUCUCACACUGCAGAAUCAGCUGAGGAGCCGCUGACUGAGAGGUUAAUUGCGGUCAUCACUAUGACUGAUGGGGAUUAUGACUACCUUAUAAAGCUCCUUGCCCUGGGGGACUCCGGCGUGGGGAAGACCACCUUCCUGUACCGAUACACAGACAACAAGUUCAACCCCAAGUUCAUCACCACAGUCGGCAUUGACUUCAGGGAAAAGAGAGUGGUGUACACACAGACCAACCCCACUGGGGCGGCCACGGGGAAAACCUUCAAAGUUCACCUUCAGCUAUGGGACACAGCUGGACAGGAGAGGUUUCGCAGCCUGACAACGGCGUUCUUCAGGGACGCCAUGGGGUUCCUGUUGAUGUUUGAUCUCACCAGCCAGCAGAGCUUUCUCAACGUCAGAAACUGGAUGAGCCAGCUACAGGCCAAUGCCUACUGUGAGAAUCCAGAUAUCGUGUUGGUAGGAAACAAGGCGGACCUGGCCGACCAGCGGGAGGUUCAGGAGAAACAGGCCAAAGAGCUGGCCGAUAAAUACGGGAUCCCCUACUUCGAGACCAGUGCAGCGACAGGUGCUGAGGUGGACAAGUCGGUGAUAACGCUGCUGGACCUGGUCAUGAAGAGGAUGGAGCAGUGUGUUGACAAACCACCAGCAGAGUCAGCCAAUGGGAACGGGGCCACAAAGCUCACCGAUUCGCAGUCCAGUGAGAAGAAAUGUGCAUGCUAGAUGAAGAGGUGAUUCAGGAAAAACAACCAGUCCAGCCCUCCUCUGUUGUCUGUCCUUUUGGCUCGCCACACUCCCACCUUCGAUUGAUUUCUCUUUCUUUUAUUGCACAUCGUUCACUCUCUUUUCUCUGAAACUAACCAUGAUCCAUCCUCUGCUCAUUUUUCUUUUCUCUUCACCCCUGGUUUCUCCCUUCUCCUGUCCGCCACCCUGGCAAUGAAACAACCCUGUCCCCCUCUAGUGGACAUUGAAGGUGAUACAUUCUCAGCCUGUCUGCCUUUGAGCUCCUUACGGAGGAAAUUAAAACAGACAGGUGAACGUUUCCUCACUGUCAGACACAUAAUGUGCCUCGUUAAAACACGCAACCUGGGAAUUAAGCUCUGCAAGCUCCCAUUUCUGUUCUCAAAAAGUGGCUUGAGUGAUGUGAAGUGAUCUAAAAUGGCUUAAAUAGGUGUUUAAAUCUAUGUUUUUCAACUCUUUGAAGUCUUAUAUGUGUGUCAAAUUGUAACGGAUGAAUGAUCGUGCUGCCUUUUUCGGCCGUCAUUGGAUGACAGACUAAUCUGGGCCGCAAAGAGUUUAACAUCAGGCUGUUUUUGUUGAAAAUGAAGUCGUAAUUGUCUCCUAAAACAUUUCCUUUUUGAUCAGGCUGAGCAGUGACCAAUCAAAAAAAAAAAUCUCCCCAUUUCCUACUGUCACGGAUGCUGUACCCAUUUUUUGUUUAAUAUGCUCCAAGCCGUUUUGUCUUUUUGACGGAUUGGAAAAGUAAAGAGUCCAAAAAGGCGUUGGAGUUGUUGAUACCCGGGUGAUCGUUGCUUUUCUUGGCUUAUUAUGAUUCUUUUUAACAUGCAGUCUCUGAUAACAUAUUGAGCAGUAAUUACAUUUUUUGUUAAGUUAAUUUCAACAUGUUAGGUAGAUAAAUAUAAGGGCCUGUAUAAUACUUAACAUUUGUAACAAUGAGCUAAAUUAACGAGAAAACAAGGGUUUAUCGCCUGUAUACAAUUCAAUUGUGAAUAAUCACACACACCACUAAGUAGGUUAUUUUCUGUAUUGUUAGCAACAAAUACUAUUAUUUUGGAUCAACACAAUUGACCAAACAUGAUUUCUGUUGGUAUUCAUUCAUAAAAAAAACACUUGUGUCUCAAAAGUCUGUAGCAACCUGCCUCCACUUUGAAGCUAACUAACCAGAUACUAGCUAAUGCUUAGCAGUGUUAGCGAUGGCUAAAAGCAACAUGCUAUUAUUGACGAAGCAACAACUGACUGUUUUGGAGUAAAGAUGAUAUUUUUGUAGCUCCAUAUGAAGACGAAUCCAACAUUCUCUCCAUACUGCGGUCAUAGAGUUGGUUGUUGCUCAUGUUAUGCUAAUGCUAUGUAUCUGAAUUCCCUGUCUGACUUUUGACACCAACUAUCAACAACAAAUAGCUUUUAUAAGGUUAGCUAAGGUAACCCAGCCAGCUAAGCUCUUCUUGGAAACUUUGGCGUUUUCUCAUACAGACACCGGAUAGUUUUUAUCCUGUUCCUGUUUCCUAUUGCCACACAUUUAAUAACUUCAGCUAGCUCUCCGUUAGCUAGCUGGUUUGUCAGACGUCGCUGAUGUAAAGCUAACUGUACAUUACACCUUCAUGAUGGUACCCGACUGGAGUGGUCAUUCAUAUUGUAAGACAAAUAUGGGUACAGCAUGCAAUGGAGGACUAAAACCUGCAUCGUUUAUCAUUAAUAUAGUGUGUCCAUGCCUAGACCAGGAAAGACGUGUUGUUUCACUGACCUACUGCCUUGGCUUUUAAAGCAUUGUUACACUGGUGGAACAGAUAUUUAAUCUAUUUUGGAGUUUGAGAUACAUCUGCUGAGAUAUCUGCUGCCCUGGAGGUGCCAAUUUGCAAAUGAAAGAUUUUUCAUCCAUUAAUAUAUAAAAAAAGAUGUCUUCUUUCCAGAUCCAUCAAAGAUGUAAAAGAGGCCCAAUGUAAUUCAAUAUAAAUGGAUUUGACCAAAUGUAUGACUGGAGGGGACCAUUAUAACAAAAUGGCAUAAUUAUUAUGCAAAUAGAUAUUUCUGAUUUGUCAGUUGGGUGACGUCAUGUUGUCAGGGCAGCCAAUAGCAGACGAUGUCUCAUCUCUUUGUAACAGAUAAUCAGACAGUGAAAUGUCGCUUUAAGGCCACACAUAUGACCAAUGUUGUUCAAAUAUUUAUAUUAAAACAAACGUAUUAUUAUUUGUGUUGUCAUAUUUUAGUUGUAUUCUUUAUAUCUCACACUUCAAUUUCUUUUUUUUAGUUACCAUGUCUAUAAAAGAAAGUUAUCUGAAGUUUUAUUUUGGUUUGUUUCAUUUUUUCAUUGCCUAGUGCUCUUAACCCCCCCCCCCCCCCCCCCCCAAAAAAAAACCCCAAAAAACUAACGUAUUCAUCUACAAAAUGUUUAAAAAAGUGACGCACCCUCUAGGAAGCUUGGACCUUGUGUGUUCCUCACACUCAGCAACCUGUCUCCUGACAUUAGCAAACUGCUUCAGGCAUCAUGCAGGUGUCCUGGUGGAGCCAGGAAUGGCCCGCUGACACCUUCUCCCUCAGCUACGUCACCUCAGGGAGCUUUGGUGAAUUCCUGCUGCUCCUGUAGAUGUUCUGCUGGCACGCCUUCCCCAUGUGCAUAAGCAGAUCUGUUCCCUCAGCAGAGAACCAUUCGCUCCUUUACCUUGUUUGCAACAUGCAAAACUCAGUGGACGCUGCUUUGAAAGGGAACGGGCGACUGCCUCUGUGAUUGGCUGGAUUCAAGUUCCACUCAGAACACAAAUACAAAUAAUAAGGUGUCUGAAUACACCUUCUGGCCUCUCCCUCUUUAGUUUGCAUCACAUUUUGUAACAUUUAACGAGCAAAAGUGUAGUUUUACACUCCCUUUAAGUGCUACAGUGAUAAAUAUAUACAAUGUUGAUUAUUAAUUAUAAAUGGUUUGAAUAGAGCCCCUUGAGAAAUCUGUGGACCAAUUUUUUGUCAUGUUCUUUUUUUUUUGCUUAACACUACAUUGUUUUUUGCUCAUGAAAUCAUGCUACAGUUUCAACUCAGUUCAGUUUAAAAGGCUCAGUUGUUUUUUUAUGAGGAUGCCAUGCAAGAGCACAGCUCAACAUCAGUUUGACAAAAAAAUAUCCAAAUUGACUUUUUUUUUAAGGGUUCAUUCAGCUUGGAUUUGAAGAUGUUGUCUUUAGUUUUAAGUGCGACCCACCUUCUUUACUAACAUGGAGUAUUACCUUGAUCUGCCUUACGUUACAAAACAUGUUCAGUCAACUCGAGGUGCAGCGUGUACAAGAGGAAUUAUCUUUUUACUUUACAAAUGUUGGCAGAUUAAUCAUCGUGUCAUCCUUCAGUUUACACAACAUUUCCAACCGCAUUUUAUAAAGAUUACAAAAUCACAUCAUUUGAUUUUUCAAUAGUGCAUACAUUACUUUUAUCAGUCAGUAUUGUGCUCUCUGGAUCCAUAAAAAACAACACUGUUAAGGUUUUUUAAAACGAACUCAACCCUCAUUCUGCUGAGAAAAUUACCAACGAGAAUGUGUUUUUAUUUUAUUUUGUGUUUCUCGUUGUUGUUGUUGAACAGCCACGCAGAGUCGUCUGCCAGCAGCUGAUCUCAGUGCCAUAUUAAACACCCACUGCUGUUAAUACGCUGAUCACAAUGAAACAAGGAGAUGGCUCACGUUGUUACAUUCUCUGCCAGUUUCUCAUCAGCAUUACACUGGAUAAUGUCCACAGAUAAUGGUGUAUCUUUUAAGAUUUGUUUUCAUGGUUUCUCAGUUGAUUCACAGUUCACUAAUUGAACUUCAAGUAUGUAAGUAUUACUUCAAUAGAAGGUCAGGUUAUUUUGUUUAUUUACUUAUUUCUGAACACUUCCCUUGCAACUUCCCUUCAUGAGUCACGUCCUGUAACAUUAAAGCAGGCGAUAUGUCAGUUAUAUCACAUUUGACCUUAAAGUUGUUUGAAGCUGCAUGACUGAUAUUUAUAUUCUUGAUGACAGUGACACAAGCAGAGAAAGGCCUCGGCAUCACCUUAUAUACGUUGAGAGUUACAAAUAAAAAGAGCUAUAAAAGAGCUCUCUUGUUGGUAGACUUAUAUGACCAGCUCAUGGCUGACUUUGUCGUCUUGCUGUUUGAUGCGGGGCAGGUAUAAACAGUGGUUUCAAGCUGAAAUUGUCAACCUUUUAACUUAUAAAGGGAUUUACUAAGACUCUAAAAACAAAACAAUAAGCUAAAAGAGGCUAAAAUAUUGUACAGAGUUGCAUCAUUCCAUUUCGGGUAAAUUUCUCCUGUCAUUUUUUUUUUCAUUAUCCAGUGAAAUGAUAACUUUGUACACCAUCAGUACGACACACAAAAGCAGGGCUGUCAGGAUGUAUUUUGAACUUUGAGGACCUGUAGUUGGACAUUUGUCAGUUUCUUUAUGUAACACAACGUGAUUGCAGAUACAUUGAACUUGGAAGUUGCAAGAUAAAAGAUCAUCAAUUUAGUUUUACCGUAAAACUUCAAAUAAAAGCCCAUCCCAAUUUAAGGCCCAGUCCCUUUUACUAGCCCGAUGUUGCUGCACAUUUUGACAAAUAAAUGCAGGUCUCAAUUAGAGGCCUCUGUGCAUUAAGUGUUGUUUAGUUUGCGGAUCAAAAUAUAUUAACAAGGGGGUCUCCCUCUCUCUUCCACCGUCCAGCAGGUGGGCAUGGUUGGGCUGUCAAAGCUAAACAAAGAUCAAAUCAAAUAAAGGAUUUUUAAUUUAAUGUGUUGAGUGAUAUCCUAAUUUUGUCCAAAGUUAAAUAUUCUUUUUACUUAAUUUUACAAUUUGAAAGUCUGUCCAAUAUUUCCUGUGCAUGAAUUUAGUCUCUUAGUGACGCCUGUACCAAAAAAAGGGUUAGGUCAUUUUAUAAACUGAAGGAAAUAAAAGCCCGGGCUAUUAGGCUAGUUGAAGUUUAACGGUAUAUACAGCAAACGUUUUAUGUGUAAUGAGUAUUUGAAUUACUUUUUUUUUCACAAUGAAGGAAAAAAGAAAAAGAAAUCAAUCUUUAAGAUCUGCCUUACAGCUCAGAUUAAGUGAGUCAAGGAAACAAAAUGAACCCAUGAAAAUAAUAGUUAACGGAGAUUUAUCAGUCUUUUUAUAGCUGCACAAUUAAUCGCAAAUUCAUUGAAUUUAUUGCGAUAAAUAAAAAUUAAUUAUUUCAUAGCAACAAGCAAAACGUUCUCACUCAGCAUGUAUUCAUUUGACACAUCAGAAGGAGGCUUGGGAACAAUGACCAUGCUUUAACACCAUUUAGAUACAGUCAGAUGCUAGCUAGCAGCUGCCUAGACGCUACGCUCUGAUAAAUUGGUGCCACUUUGGAUGUGAAGGUCAAACAUCUCAGAAACACAAGUGCUGUGUGACAUCUGACGGAUUAUGAAAAGAGAGAAAAACUGAGUUGUCUCGUUAGCGCAAUUUUAAACCGUGUUAUCGCACAUUGCAUAUAUUCCCCGUAUCGUGCAGGCCUACUUUAAAACACUGGCUCUAAAUUUCCAAUCCUCUCGUUAUGGACGUCCAUUUUCCUUACUAUCUCAAACUGAUGCCUUUUAAUUGUGACAAUCUUCUGAACCAAUUUGUCAGCUUUAUCAAUACUUUUAUACGUUGCUCAUUAUAUUCGCUCAGAAUUGAUUUUGAGUUUAUCAUCUGAUGCCUUUUUGCUCAUAUAAUCUGUAUUCAGUCACAUCUCACAUUAACUGACAUGAUGUUGAUUUUCGCUUCCUUGUGCCAUGUUUUCCAUGAAGCAUCUAUCCCACGAGUCUUGAAUGAUUUUUAAUCGUGUUUGUAUUCACUCUGAAAGUUUACAUGAUUUGAGGAGACAGUGUCGUGCCUGUUCUUAACUCUUCUGUCUGAUCUUCUGUAAAAGUUUGUGAGCUACCUACUGGAUAUUUUAAUGCAUUAUUGAUCAUAGAUUUCAAAGCAGAGACAAAAGACACCAGAAAUCAAGAUGUUGUUUUGUGUGCCAGAUAUACUAUAAGAAAAUAAUGACUCAAUCCAAGUACCUCUAAGAGUUUUUAUUUUUGGAAAUCCUCUGUGUGGAGUUCUCUCUGAUGCCUGCAGUUCGUACUCGUUUCUCUUCUGAUUUCACAGUGUGUUUUGAUGCCUGUGUGUGUUUGUUGCACCGUCAGCAUGUUUGACACAUUGAGAAUGAAAUGACCUGCGAUGUGUUUAAUGUUUCUAAUGUCCGAGCUGCAAAUAAAUUUGUGUUUGUUUUA